AUGGUGGGCAGGUCGGUUGAUCAAGGGGUGGUAAUUUCGUGGUGGAGGGAGGAGCGCGGAGGGUGGGCGGUUCCUGAGAGAGGGUACUAUUUUUCGACCUCUGGCGUCCAAUCCCCCUCCCCACGGCCGUCUCCGCAGAGCGCAGCAGCACACAGAAGAUCCCGGCGCCCUCCCCGCGCCGCAAUCGAGGGCAACGCCGACAUCCGCCGCAGGCAAACUCAACGUCACGCCGCCGCAGCCGCAAGCCUCUCCAGAAGCCUUAAUUUUUUUUUUUUUUUUCUUCUACGCGCCGCAAAACAGCAGAACCCCAACCACUCUGACUCCUUCUCCGAAGCCGAGCUCCAAGCCAUCGGGCGCUCGCUACGACCGGGCCGUCCGUUCAUCGUGCGGGAAGACGACCCUAACCUCAAACACCCUUACGACUGGUACAAGUACGGGCAGUAUGGGCCUUAUAGUUGGCGGGGGAUCGUGGUGGGCCCGCCCGUGAGAGGGAGGUUUUCUGACGACAGGGUUUCGCUUAUCGGGGAGGUGAAUGAUCAUGAGGAGUGGGAGGAGAUUGAGCAGUUUGAGAUGUGUCAGGAUUUUUCGCCGAGGUUGCAGGCUUUGGAUGAGGGUAUUGGGUUUAGGUACUAUUGGGUUUUCGUCCGGCACCCGAAAUGGAGGGUGAGUGAGCUGCCAUGGCAGCAGUGGACCUUGGUGUCGGAGGUCGCGGUGGAGGCUGGAAAAGAUCAGAGAUUGGAUAAAUGGAGCUUGAUGGGUAGAUUUGGGAACAAGACGAGGGCGAUGAUCACACAAUGUGCAGCUUGGCAGAGGCCUGACAUUAUAUAUGUAAAGAAGCCGGUUUAUCAGUGUAGGUUUGAGCCUCAAGAUGACUUCUUUAAAGGGUUGAUGCCGUUGGUUGAUCCGGAGACGGAGGGGGAGUACGUUUUUGAGCUUAGGAGGGAGGAUGGGAGAGUGGAGAUGUGUAGUUAUUUUGGUGGGCUGUGUAAGAUGGUGAAGAUAAGCCCGAAAUCGUACGUGGAUGAUGUGGUGAACGCCUAUGAGAAGAUGAGUGAUGAAGGGAAGUCGAGGUGCCUGGAGUUUUUGUUGACGAAUCACCCGAUGGAGCUUUUACAUCCGUAUACUAAGGAGUGGAAGGCUAAGUUGGAGGAGAUGGAGUUGGGUUGUGACGCGCCGGAUGAGAGUGAUAAUGAUGGUGGUGGAUGUGAGAAUGGGAUGACAGAUUGGAUUGAGGAGUAUGAUGAUGACGACAACAAUGAUGGUAGUGAUGAUGAUGAAGAGGAAGAAGAGGGAAGCGAGGAUGACACAGUCAUUGAUGUGGGAGAGGAAGGGGACAGUGAGAGUGACGAAACUGAGACAAGCCCAGAAGAGAGCGAAGAGUAUUGGAAUGAGCAAUGGAAGAAGGCGGUGAAUAGCUCAGAUGAUAUGGAGAAAAUAGUGACGAAAAGCAUCGAGGUGUCUGAUAAGUAUUAUAAGCAGCAAGAGAUAGAGGAGCAGCAGAUGAAGGAGAGAAUGGAAGAGGCGAGAAGGGUGAGUAUUGAUCAGGAUUGGGAACAGGGGAGAGAGGAUUGGGAGAGUAAAGGUUAUAAGGGUCCUAGGAGGAGAGCAAAGAAGAGUAAGAUACCUCCCGAGUUGUUCUUAAGAGCUGCUGUUCGGCCAUUCACAUAUCGAAAUCUUGUCAAAGAGAUUGUUUUAAUGAGGCAUGCCUUUCUAGAUGGAGACAUCAAGAGGAGUUGAGUUAUCUUAUGGCUUGCUUGGAAUUGGGGCCAUUUUUGGGUGUGGAAAUUGGAAGAGUUUCAAAGAAAGGAACUUAAUCUGAAAUCUCCAAGAAGUCUGAUUGGGAGCAAAUGGUUGAAACUGUGCUUUGGAAGUUUUGGAGGCAUCUUUGAAAUCAUAAGAGUUUGUUGUGAGAUUAUGCUCUUAUGUGUUUGUGGCAUCAGCGGGACGUUCGAAAGGUGCCACCCGGUAGCAAAGUUAAGGAUGAUCAAACUGUAACUUCUACUAGUUGUCUUUCAGUAUGAAUCAAACAUGAUUAUUAUUUAGGCAAACAAGACUAGCACAUGCAAAUUUUCAGGCGGUGGUCCAUGGGAAGCAAGUUAACUUUUACAAGCGUUUAUUCCAAGUUCUUGGACACUGUGGCAGCUUCUUUUUCCUUCACGGGAAUCCAUUGUUUAAGGACUUGGAGUUAAGUGUCAAGGAAACUAUUAUCUCCUUCCCUUGUUCCUGUUGUAAACUUUCUGUGCUUGGUGGAACAGUUCGAAGAUAAAUGAGGAUUCCUAUUUGUUUACUUGGGGUGACGAAUCUUUCAUUGCUUGUCCUUUCAAUGCUUUUCUAAUUCUUCAUGUCUACUACUAUUAUCCACCAUGUUUCUUGUUCUUCGUCUGCUCUCAUGUUUAUCUUUGUUUGCAAUAUAUUCUUCUGUUACUGUGUUUAAGAUU